AUCCUCAGGGCUGAGCUGGGCUUGUUGGCUAGGCGCCGGCCUUCUUUUCGCUUGACAGCUGCAGCGAAGACUAGAGCUGCAGCAGCAGCAGCAACAUUAUUGUGUCCAUCGUCUAGGGUGAGCGGGGUGUAGCGGUGGCCAUGGUGCGAUCCGGACUGAGCCUCCUCAAGUGGUGAGGAGGCAAAACCGCUCUGUGUUGUGGAGGCUGUCUCUGCCCUAAUAGCCCAGCAAAGCAGCAACCGGAAGUUUUCCAGCAUAGCACAAGUGAACACCAUGGUGGAUUACUAUGAAGCGCUGGGGGUGCCCCGUAAUGCCUCACCAGAUGACAUCAAAAAGGCGUACAGGAAGAAAGCCCUGCAGUGGCACCCGGAUAAAAACCCAGAUAACAAGGAGCAUGCUGAGCAGAAGUUCAAAGAGAUAGCAGAGGCCUACGAAGUACUCUCAGACAAGAGCAAGCGUGAAGUCUACGACCGAUAUGGCAAAGAGGGGCUCGUGGGGGCAGGUGGGCCCAGCGCUUCCAGGGCUCAUCCAGGGCCUGAAUACACCUUUACUUUCCGCAGCGCCCAUGACGUCUUCCGGGAGUUCUUUGGGGGACGAGAUCCUUUUGCUGACUUCUUUGAUGAUCCAUUCUCAGACCUGCGUGGGCCGGGACCCCGACAUCCGGCAGCGGGGCCAUUCUUCUCACCCUUCUCAGCGUCGCCGGAAUUCUUCACCUCAGGCCUUGGUCCUGGCAUCAACGCUGGAAUGGGCUUCCGUUCUGUCUCUACUUCCACGAGGUUCAUCAAUGGCAAGCGCAUCACUACCAAGAGGAUUGUCGAAAAUGGGCAGGAGAGGUUGGAAUUGGAAGAAAACGGGGAGCUGAAAUCCAUCCAGAUUAAUGGUGUUCCGGACGACCUGGCACUAGGCUUGGAACUGAGCCGGCGGGAGCAGCAGGCCCUGCAGAACCGGAAGCCGCCAUCUCCCCUGGCGGCGGCACCUCAGCGCCCCCCUCCUAAGCGCCCAUCCCCCAGCUCGUCUCCUGUGAUCUUGUACACGGACAGUGAGGAGGAGGACGAGGACUUGCAGCUGGCCAUGGCCUACAGCUUGUCUGAGAUGGAGGCCAAGGGCCAGCAGCACAGAGCAGACCCUGACGGACAGGCAUAUUCUGUCUGACGCCCCUCCAUGCUGCCUCCCUGCAGGUGUGUUCUGAGUCUGGAAGAGCCAUGGGGAUUGCCUCUCUAGCAUUCGUGCUCACAGAAGGCUACUCAAGCCUGGACUUCGCUUUCUCUUCCCUCCUUGAGCCCUGCCCGGGGGGACUGGCAGGGGCUGAGUGUGCGACUUCCUCCCCAUUAGUUCUCUCUGCUGCGUGUUAUGUAGCACUCACUAGCUGGUGAGGGCCAGGUUGGGCGCAGCCUCCUCGGCUGCUCCUGAAUUAACUCCUGGUGGGGUAUCCUCCGGCCUGUAGUCCCCCUUUACCGGCGCCCUCCUCCCUCGUAAGAGAGGAUCCCAGCUAAGGAGUGGAAUGGACUUUGCUGUGAGGAUGCUCAGUGACCACCUUCUCAGCAGUGCUGUAUGAACUGUGGCGGGUGUGGAAAGCAAGAAUCCCCUCCUAAGCAUGGCUGCUGGGCCCUCUUCAGCUGCGGGAGGGACUCUUUGGCUGCAGCACAACACUGUUCAUGUUGAUGUAGUUGCACGGGUGGGAGUGGCGGGCUGGGGCUAGAGGGCAGAGACAAGGGGUGGUGGCUUUCAGUCCCAUGGCCAUGGCGCUCCCUUUCUGGGUGCAGAGGGCCUGAUGCUCUAGAGAACCAAGGGCUAUAAACCAAAUUCCCCCUCAGAGCAGCAGGGACUCCUCCAGACCAGGCCUUGCAGGGAGAGAGAAAGCGAGCACAGGGCAACCCACCACUUCUGACAGCAGAGAGAGAGAGAGAGAGCCGUGGCCGUCUCUCCUCUCCUCCCACCCCCAGUUGGAGGAAAACCCAGGGCUAUAGUGAACACACACCUUGCUCAACGUGUCUGUAACUUGGAGGAGUGAGAGUGGUCUCUUUUCUAACUCAAAAAUGCUGGCCUGGUAUAGAAUGGAAGACAUUUAUCAAUAAACUUCUUUGCAAUGAA